UUAACUGGCUGAAAACCUCAUCCUGGAUUUCGGCGCUUCCAGAAAACUGGAAAUUUCAUUUAUGAGGAAAGGAUAAUAAAUUCAACAGCCCACAGAUUGAUUGAUCUCAUCGUCUUCUUCGAUGCCGAAUUGAGUGAAGGGGAAGAAGAGGAAGAAGGCUCCGAAGCUUAAAAGGAACCCCUUUGCUUACUUCUCAGCCCUGCCCCGUUUCUUCGUCUUCUCCGGCGUAUUUCAGCAGCUAUGGAAAGAUUGAUUUUUUUAUCUCCGGCAAGCUACGAGUGGAUGGCCAAGCGGCGAAAGUUCGGAACUUGUGCUGAAUUCCAGCUUUAGGUCCUGCGUAUUGAUCCGGAUCUGAUUUUGCGAGCAGAGACGGAGGGGGGGAUUAAGGAAGAUUGUGUGAUGUACGGAUCUUCAUGGGCGGCAACGUUUGGUCACCGGAAAGAGGAAUCGGUUUUCCAGAGGGAGCAGCAGAUGAACUCCGGUCUUCUCCGGUUCAGCUCUGCGCCGAGCUCUCUGCUCGGCGAGGCCUGCGAGGGUUUCCUCCCCGUGAGGCCUUCCAGCCCUGAAACAGAUUCCCUCUUAGCUCGCUUUCUCGCAUCAAGUCCACGCGAUGAGAUCCGCGACAAGUCUGCCGCCGCCACAGAACAGAACGCCGCAGCAGAACAGAACGGUGGUUACUCCUCAAUUUCUUCUCAAUUGCUUUACCAGCAGCAGCAUCAGCAGCAGCAGCAGCAGCCGCCUAUUGCAGAGAACGCCUACAGGGUGGUAAGCUCCAUGGCUAUGGAGGUUAACCAGAUGAAAUCCGGCGGCGCCAAUUUAAUCCGGCAGAGCAGCUCCCCUGCUGGACUCAUGUCUCACUUAAACGCUGACAGCGGCUAUGGGUUGAUGGGAAGGAUUCCUGGUAGUAACAGAAAUGGCAUGAGGGGAGAUUUUAAGGGCCAGAUAAGCUUCUCCUCGAGGCAAAACUCGCUGUCUCAGAUCUCAGAGAUGGGGAGCGAGGGAAUCUCCGGCGGUGGGGGAAGCCCGGAGGAGAGCAGCAAUGGCCAGGGUUUCAUUCCCGGCUACGCAGUCAGAUCCUGGGAGGACUCCUUCCUGUCAGAUAACCUCUCUGCUAGCAAGAGAGCCGGAGAUGUGGUGGGGCGAAAUCAAACGGAGCUUCAGAAUGGAGCUGGGCUGACGCACCAUUUCAGUUUGCCGAAGACUAGUUCGGAGAUGGCGGCGAUUGAGAAACUUCUCCAUUUUCAGGACUCCGUGCCCUGUAAGAUCCGUGCUAAGAGAGGCUGCGCUACUCAUCCUCGAAGCAUUGCAGAGAGGGUUAGGAGGACUAGAAUUAGCGAGAGGAUGAGGAAGUUGCAGGAGCUUGUGCCCAACAUGGAUAAGCAAACUAAUACUGCGGAUAUGCUCGAUUUAGCCGUUGAAUACAUCAAAGAUCUCCAAAAGCAGGUCAAGUCUUUAUCUGAUGUUAGGGCAACCUGCACCUGCUCAGUUAGCAGACAGAAAGCCUAUCAGAGUCAGGCAAGCUGAUAUAUGUGCUGUACAUAGUAAUUUAGAAGAAAUCAAAGUGGUAGUUAAAGAAUUGAUGGGAAAAGAUGAAGGUUAGCUCUUUGUUUUUUUGUUUGUCUUAACUACCUGUAGAGGUAGAAGAAAAAUGUAAAGGUAUGUGAUUUUAGAUCUUAUACGUCAUAUUAGUGUGGUCACCAAAUACCGACUACGAAGACUGAUUCUUGUGAUGUGUUCAUAUAAAUUUUUGGGGUGAUUUAAGUGUCGAAUGUGUUCUUCAAUGUUGUUGUUGUGAUU